UACUCACGGUGUACUGAGUCUGAGUAGAUGAAAUUAACAGUUUAUGUCAAACACGUAUUUUCCAUAUCAGAAUCUCAUUGAGUUUUGUUCUAAAUUCAUUCCAUACGUAAAUUAUAUCAAAAUGUCUGCUAAAGUACAUACAUUUAAAGUCACUAUGACAUGUGAGGGCUGUUCAAAUCAAAUUGAUAAAGUUUUAGGUAAACUCAAAGGCAAUGGUGUAGAAGAAGUCAACAUUAGUUUACCUGAUCAAGAAGUCAAAGUGACAACAACACUAACUUCUGAUGAGAUAUUGGAGAUUAUUAAGAAAACUGGCAAAAAAGUUGAAUAUCUUAAUACAGCUUAAAACAAUAAAGCUAUAAAAAUUAUUAUAUGGGCUGCUGUUAUUUUAUACAAUAUGUUUAUUUACCAUUUAUUAAAUUAAAUAAUUUUUAUUAAUACAAAUAUACAUUUAUACAACA